AAAAGUCCUCAGAGUAUUAAUGAAAAAGAAUUUUCUGAUCAAGAUUCUUCUGAUGAUCAAGAUGAUUAUUUUUCACGAAAGAUAUCAAAUUAUUCUUCUCAAUCUUCUUCAUCUUCUGUUUCUACUAAUUAUGGUGUUAAUGAAUUUGCUUUGACUCCAUUAACGAACGAUGAAGGAUGUGAGAUUAUUAAAGAAGAAAUUAAUCAUACCGAUGUCGGAAAAGAAAAAGAAAAAUCUAAAGAAAAAAAUAUAAAAAGAAGAAAAUCAACCAUGAAAUCAAUUACCAGUCAAAAAUCAGAUAAAAGUUUUAAAUCUAAUAAAUCCAUAAGUAAAUUAUCCUUAAAAUUAAGUAAAAAUAAGUCAUCAUCAUCUUCUUCAACGGUGGCUGAUACAGUUGGAACUAUAAACUUUGAGGAAUUUAUAAGUUCUUUGGAUAUUAGUGAAGAUGUUGAAGGUAGAUUACAAUGGCUAUUUAGAUUUUAUGAUAAUGAUGGGGAUGGAUUUAUUACACGUAGUGAAAUGCUUCAAAUUAUGCAUACAUUGUAUAGUUAAAAAAAAAAAAAAAGAACGUUCUCAUAACAAGUUUUAUUAAUUAAUAUAGA